AUGGUCCUCCUCGCUGGCGAUCUCUUCCACGAGAACAAGCCGUCUCGCAAGUCCAUGUACCAGGUGAUGCGGUCACUGCGCAUGAACUGCUUGGGCGAUAAGCCCUGCGAGUUGGAGAUGCUCAGUGACGCCAGUGAGAACUUCCAGGGCGCUUUCAACCACGUCAACUACGAGGACCUCGACAUCAAUGUCGCCAUCCCCGUCUUUUCCAUUCAUGGUAACCAUGACGAUCCAUCCGGGGAAGGUCAUCUGGCUGCCCUGGACAUACUCCAAGUGUCCGGACUGAUCAACUACUUCGGUCGGACGCCAGAGUCGGACAAUAUUCAGGUCAAACCUGUCCUUCUACAGAAAGGCCGCACCAAAUUGGCGCUCUACGGCAUCAGCAACGUUCGUGAUGAACGGCUGUUUCGUACAUUUCGCGAUGGGAAAGUCAAGUUCUUCCGGCCCUCGAUCCAGAAGGAGGACUGGUUCAACCUGAUCUGUGUCCAUCAGAACCACCACGCCCACACGGAGACGGGCUACCUCCCCGAAUCCUUCCUGCCAGACUUUCUCGACCUGGUCAUCUGGGGCCACGAACACGAGUGUCUGAUAAACCCCAGACGCAACCCUGAAAUGAAUUUCCACGUCAUGCAGCCUGGCUCCUCUGUGGCCACGUCACUGGUCCAGGGAGAAGCAGCACCCAAGCAUGUAGCGAUUCUCAGCAUCAAGGGCCGGGAGUUCCACUGUGAACCUAUCCGCUUGAAAACAGUGCGUCCAUUUGUCGUGCGAGAAAUCGUCCUCUCUGAGGAGAAAGGGGCCCAGAAACUGGCCCGAAAGGAGAAUAAUCGGACAGAAGUCACCCGGUUCUUAAUGUCUAUAGUGGAGGAGCUGAUUGAACAAGCCAAAGCAGAGUGGCUGGAGGCACACCAAGACGACGAUGUCGAUGAGCAGGAUAUUCCUCUCCCCCUUGUACGUCUUAGAGUGGAGGUUUCUACACCAGAAGGUGGCAGCUUCGACUGCGAGAACCCUCAGCGGUUCUCCAAUCGGUUCGUGGGCAAAGUCGCGAACGUCAACGACGUGGUUCAAUUCUACCGUAAAAAGAAGUCAACAACGACUUCCCGCAAGGCAGAUAAUCUCGAUGAGGCGGUGGUGUCGCAUCUUUCCGAGCUCGAUACGGUGAAGGUCGAGAAGCUAGUACGGGAGAUUCUCACUGCACAGUCUCUCACCAUCCUUCCUCAGAACUCGUUCAGCGAUGCAGUCUCCCAGUUCGUGGACAAGGAUGACAAGCACGCCAUGGAAAUGUUCGUGAACGAGUCGCUAGAGAACCAGGUCAAGUAUCUGAUGUCCCUGGAACGGGAGGCCGACAUGGACGAUGAGGAGGAGAGUCAUCAAUCUUUGCGGAACGCCAUGGAAAAAUACCGCAGUCAGAUGGAGGAGAUGUUUGCGAAGGGCGCCAUGAGACGUACGCGAGGGAAGAAGCGCUUCAAACCGAAGCCCGAUGGCUGGGAUACCGAUCUCGACGGCGUAUGGGAAGACCAGCCGGGCGCAUUGAUCCUCUCUGACAAUGAGGAUGCCGACCCGAACGAAGAGGAGGCCGCAGAGGAUGGUACGGAGAGACAGACCACGUCCACUCGAGGCAGAGGUCGAGGUCGUGGAGGCCGGGCUGCAACCACCACCACUUCCACGCGCAAGACGACUGCUAGCAAGACUCCAGCAGCCAGCUCACGAGGCCGGAGACGCCAGGCUGUUUCUGAAGACGAAGACGAAGACGAGGGCGAUGAUGUGGUGGUGCUGGAUGACGAUCAGGAGGAGCCGGAAGAAAUGGUCUCGGAUGACGAUUCUCAGGCACUCUUUGUCAAACAAACACCUCCACCCAAAACGGGUCGAACGCGCCAGACAACACUCACUUCGACCACAACAGGCACCCAGCGGCGAUCUGGACGAACUGCACCUUCGCCAGCGCCCUCCUCUGCCACUGCAGCAGCUUCGACGGCCCGAAGUGGGACGCGAGGUGCCGCUGCUAGCAAACGGACCCAGCAGACGACACUCAACUUUGCGCCGUCGCAGACCAGUUCCGUGGGCACUGGACAGGUUACAGGUACUGUUACGGGAUUCAAAAAGCGUGUAGUAAGGAGUAAGGUAUCUAAUCUACAAAUGGGAACUGGAAAAAUUAAAUUAGAUGAAUGCAGGGAUAUAUGCCCCCAAAUUGAGGACUACAAAUUUAGUAUCUAUUUGCCUAAUCAUCGGGAUGAUAGUCACUGGGCUCCGCUGUUAACCAUGCAUGCAUUAGUAGGGGCCUUUCUUGGUCGACAUUCCUCAUUCGUUGCUAAUCCAUCCAACAGGUCUGAAGAGCUCCAGGCGGGGUUCUAUGCUAAAAGGCAAAAGGAGGGGCAAUAG